GAUUCCCUCACCACUACCACCACUCAACUCUCCCUUCUUACCACCACUCUUUUUCUCCAUAAAGGAAAGGAGUGAAAGGCUUCAACAUAUACAAAAAAAAAAACACUGCAUCUCUUUCUCUUUGUUUCUCUUCUUAUUUCCUUGAAUACCCAGAAUUGCACCACCUUUAACAUUAAAUUCCCUUCUUUUUCUUUUUCAAUAUCAUCAUUUCAUUUUAGAUAAACAAUUAAAAGCGCGAAUUGAAUCAUUGAUUUAACAGCAAAAAGCAGAGGAAACGCCCAUGUCUCGGUUCUCCUGUUAUCACUUUUCUAUAAUCACGUUCUUGAGCUUCGUUCUCGUCGUUUUUCUUCAUGGGGUUACGGCUGCAACCUUCACAUUCGUCAACAAAUGCGAUUACACAGUAUGGCCAGGAAUUCUAGCUAAUCCAGGAAGUCCAACCCUGGAAAGUACAGGCUUUGAACUUAGGAAUGGCGGCUCUCGUUCCUUCCAAGCCCCUACCGGCUGGGCCGGUCGUUUCUGGGGAAGAACAGGCUGCAGUUUCGAUGACUCUGGCCAUGGAUCAUGUACUACAGGAGACUGCGACUCUGGUGAAAUUGAAUGCAAUGGAGCUGGCGCCACACCUCCGGCUACCUUAGCCGAGUUUACCCUAGGUUCAGGGUCGCAGGACUUCUAUGACGUGAGCCUGGUUGAUGGUUAUAAUUUGCCUAUGAUUGUGGAAGGAAAUGGAGGGUCAGGGGAGUGUGCCACUACCGGUUGCAUGACGGAUUUGAAUAAAAAGUGCCCGUCGGAGCUGAAAUUCGAUGGUGGCGACGCCUGCAAGAGCGCGUGCGAUGCCUUCGGCAAUCCAGAGUACUGCUGUAGCGGUGCCUACAGCAGUCCAACUGCUUGUAAACCGUCCAUUUAUUCAGAAGUGUUCAAAUCAGCUUGCCCCAAAUCGUAUAGCUAUGCUUUUGAUGAUGCCACUAGCACUUUCACAUGCACUGGGGCUGAUUAUACCAUCACAUUCUGUCCCAAUUCCCCAAGUUUGAAAUCUUCAAAGGAUCCUGCUGCCGAAUCAACCGGUGAAUCAGGACCGGAUACGGACUCCGUGCAGGCGGCUGCACUGGCCAGUCAAUGGCUAGCGAAUUUAGCCACGGCAGACUCGACCAGAACCCAACUAUAUUCCCCUGCCCAAUUUGGUUUUUCUGUGAUCAUCUUUUUGUUCUUGUAGUCUUUCCAAUUUUGCUGUGACCACUCACUUCCAAAUCGUGCUUAUUUGGUUAGAAAUACACGUAUUGAUGUGUAAUUCAUUUUGUUUCAUAAAUAUAAAUAAUUAUUUUUUUGCCAUUA